AUGAGGAGCAUCACUUUCUUCCUCUCCCUGAUGGUAAUUGUGGAUGUUUUGCUCUCUGCUUCUUCGGUUACCGCCGCGAUGUACAGUAGUGGUAUAUCUUGGAACAGCAGUGCUGCCGGAGAAUUGAUGAACGAAUUGGAUGGUAUUAACUGGCAGGUAAAUCUUGCAAAUGGUGAAAAUAGUAUAUCUUACGAAGCUCUUCAGCGGCCGCCAAUCUGCGACGGGAGAAUCUAUGGCAAUUGCAUAGGGGAUAAGAAGCCUACACAGCGGCCAUGUAACCUCUACAAUUACUGCAAGCGUCCUGGUUAA